AUGUUUGCUGCUGCAACCAAAAACUUUGUUAAACAGGUUGGUGAUGGAGGAAGAUUAGUUCCAGUGCCCAGCCUCAGUGAAGCUGACAGAUACCAACCUCUGAGCCUUGUGAUUAAAAAAAGAAAAUGUUCACUUUCAAAAAAAUCUAAAUUUGCUUCAACACCUUUCACAUUAAAAGAUAUUCUUCAAGGGGAGAAGGAAAUUUCUGCAGGUGUCUCAUCUUAUCAGUUGCUCAACUAUGAAGACAAAUCAGAUGUUUCACUUAAUGGCAGAAGAGGAAAUCAGAUAAUGAACGAUGUUGGUUUUGAUGUUGCUGGAUCAGAUUCUGUUGCCUUUAAAGCUUCGUUUGGCAUAGUGACCAAACACGAAGUUGAAGUACCAACAUUACUAAAAGAACUUACUACAAGAAAAAUAAACUUUGAUCAUUGUCUAGUCCAUCAAUCAAGAAAAAGUAGGAUGGAAAUUUUGUGUGUGGUCAUGGAAAGUAUUCGAACUACAAGGCAGUGCUCAUUAACUGUCCAUACUGGAAUGCGUGGAGAGACAAUGAGGUUUCACAUAAUUGAAGAUCAGAAUUGUAAAGGGCGGGACAAAGCCAUUGUUUUUCCUGCACAUACAACUAUUGCUUUUAGUGUAUUUGAACUCUACAUUCAUUUGGAUGGUAAUUUCGAACUCUGCGUGACUCCAAUUGCAAAAGGAGGAUUUGAAAGAGAGAAAUCUGGAUCAUCUUCACUGACCAAAUUAAGGAGAUUAAAGAAUAAUUUGUUUCAUCGAAAUAAAGGAGUAGUGGAAAUCGUUGCUAACUCUGACCCUUACUUGGAGGACCUUUUUGCAGACUAUUAUGAAAAAGCUGCAAGCAUGACAGAUCUCUCUACAAGCUAUCUCAGAGACGGUUCUCAUAUCCGAAUGAAUUUACUCAAUAACAACAUCCCCAAAGGCCCCUGUGUCCUUUGUGGAAUGGGAAGUUCUAAAAGGGAGACAGUCUAUGGAUGCCUGGAGUGUUCUUUUAAUGGACACAAGUACGUCCGACUGCAUGCCGUGCCCUGUUUUGACCUCUGGCAUAAGAGAAUAAAGUAA